CGAAACAACACCUCCAAAGAAGGAAAAAACGAGAAGGAAAAAUAAAAAAGCAGAGAAAUUUGGAUUCUUUGAUUGAUUUCAUCAACAUCCUUUUGCGAGGUUGGAAAUUUCUGCAAAAAAAAAACCGGCCUCACUUGUGCAAAAGAAAAUCAAAUAGAAAAGUAGGAGGAGGUUUGCAUUGAUAUCUACAGUAUGAGCCACCAGAGUCAAGGACCUGGCCCCUCUUCUCCAGCAGAGCUCCCAACAAGGCGGAAACGUGGCCGUCCUCGCAAGGAUGAGGGUCUGGUGCAAGGUGAGAACACUAACAUACCUGCAAUGUCCACAUCAGACGGUACAAAGAAAAACAGGCAGAGUUUGGGUACAAGUAAUGCACCCAGUGAUGGCAUGGUAGGUCAGGUGGUUUCUGGUGUCAUUGAGGGUUCAUUUGAUGCUGGCUAUCUUCUUAAUGUUAAGGUUGCUGACACUGAUACUUUUCUGAGAGGUGUUGUCUUUCUACCUGGGCGAUUUAUUCCAAUUACAGCUGCAAAUGAUGUGGCUCCACAUGUUAAGAUGUACCAAAGAAAAGAGAUUCCAAUCCCAUUUCUAAACCCCCAAAGCCCGCGUCAUGCUGCUGGUCCUUUGACAGAGAAAAGUGAUAAGAACCCUGUUGAGCUUAGAAAUGAUUCACCUAAACUUGUAGGCCAAGUUCAACCAACUGAGUUUCUGUCUGGCAUCUCAGUUGCUUUGGUUGCAGGUGAGAACCAACCUUCUACUGUUAAGAUACCUCCUCCAGGUAUCUUGCCAGCAAGCUACACAGAUCUUUCACUGGGAGAGAAGGUUUCAGAACAAAAAACUGUUGAAUCCAUAUUGGAGAAGGAUAAGGCUGUUGGGCAGGAUCAGGUGCCACAAGGAUUCAGCACUGGUCUUUCCCCAGGGGAAAAUGUUUUGGAACAAAAAACUGUGGAAUCUGCUCUGGAGAAGGAUAAGGCUGUUGCACAGGAUCAAGUCCUGCCAGUAUUUGACACAGGUCUUUCCCUGGGAGAAAAGGUCUCUGAACAAAAAAUUGUAGAAUCAGCAUCAGAGGAGGAUAAGGCUGUUGUCCAGGAUCAGGUACUGCCAGUGUUUGACACAGAUCUUUCCCUGGGAGAAAAGGUCUCCAAACGAAAAAUUCUAGAAUCAGAAUCGGAGGAGGGUAAGGCUGUUGGACAGGUUCAGGUAAUUCACGGAUUUGACACAGGUCUUUCCUUGGGAGAAAAGGCCUUGGAACAAAAAAUUGUAGAAUCAGCAUCAGAGAUGGAUAAGGCUGUUGGACAGAAUCAGGCAGUCCAAGCAUUUGAUGCAGGUCUUUACCUGGGAGAAAAGGUCUCUGGACAGAAAACCUUGGAGACUUUGUUGGAGAAGGAUGUAACAAUUGGACAGAAUCAGUUGCUGCUGCAAGGAUUUGAAACCAUUAAACAGGGAAAAGGACCCAAUAUUGAUGUGGAGCUACCUGAAGAAGUGGGGCUGCCAUCUAUUCCAGUUAAUGAUAUCUUGCCGGGUCGUGAAGCCUCUAGUCAUGAGCCUGAAGUUGAGCACCAAACUGUGAGUUCUGACCUUAAGUCAGAUGCAUUGGUGAGUGAUAAUGCAAAGGGUUCAAACUUAGAGCUCAACCAAAUUCCUGGAUUUACUGAACCUGAAUCUCAGGUUUGUGCAUCAACUGGACUCGACAUGUUGAUGGAAAAACAGGCGUCUCCAAGGCAAGACCAGUUACAAGAUACCCAGCUGGAGAUUACGAAGGUCAUACAUGCAGAUUACACAUCCCAUGUUAAUGGAUUCCCUUUAACUGAUGCUGCUCGGACUAUGAAGGCAGGAACUUAUUCAGCACCUAUGACCACCUUACCACCAAUGAUUGGGGCAGAUCAUAUUUCUUCUGAAGCCAAGCCCGCUACCAAUGACUCUAUAGGUGCAAAGAUGGUUGAAUCCCAAGAUUUCAGUUCUACAAUUGAUGUCAACAGCAGCUGCAUGGACUGCAAUGUGAACGACACCAUUCCACCUGCACAAUCUUAGAGUCUUCAGGCAGGUAAUGUCAGUCUGGGAAUCCAUUAUGGAGCUAGAGACCAAAAAAGAGAAACCUCUUAUAGGUGAGUAUCACAAGCCAAGGCUUCAAGAAUAAGUAGUUUUAGUUUAAGACUGCUAGUAGUUGCCAGUUUCAAGUUAAUAUAGGUACUCUUUUGCUCUAUAUGGUUUAUAAAUGGGAACUCUUAAA